GCCUUAUCGCUACUAUCGGCCUAUCUCAUCACAUUUUGUGGUAAGAAUUAAGAAAUGGCGUUUCUGAGAACUGGACUGAGGGCUAGGAGCCUCUAUACUGCCCUCAGAAACAAUGCGGCGUGCAUGUCAUCCAUUCCACAACCAAUUGUGAACCCCGAAGUCAAGUACAACAAGGUUUUUGUCAACAAUGAAUUCAUUGACAGCCAAUCAGGGAAGACUUUCCCCACUAUAAAUCCAGCUACAGGGGAGAUAAUUUGCCAAGUUGCAGAGGGAGAUAAGAAAGAUGUUGACAUUGCAGUGAAGGCUGCUCAGGACGCUUUUCGAUUGGGGUCACCAUGGCGACGAAUGGAUGCUGCAGAAAGAGGAUAUCUUUUGAAUAAACUGGCAGACCUCAUUGAAAGAGAUAGGCAGUAUAUCAGUUCCCUAGAGACCCUCGACAAUGGUAAACCCUACCAUGUGGCAUUUAGUGCUGAUCUCAAUCUGGUCAUCAAAUGUUACCGCUACUAUGCAGGCUGGGCAGACAAAAAUGAAGGAAAGACUGUCCCUGUUGCUGGUGAUUAUUUUGCUUACACCAGACAUGAACCUGUAGGAGUUUGUGGACAGAUUAUUCCAUGGAACUUCCCGCUGUUGAUGCAGGCCUGGAAGCUCGGCCCUGCCCUUGCCUGUGGUAAUGUAGUGGUGAUGAAGGUCGCAGAACAGACACCCCUGUCAGCUCUAUAUAUAGCUCACCUGGCCAGAGAGGCUGGAUUUCCACCUGGUGUUAUUAACAUUAUUCCUGGGUACGGCCCCACAGCAGGAGGUGCCAUUGCCAGUCACAUGGGUGUGGACAAGUUGGCCUUUACGGGCUCCACAGAGGUUGGACAGAUUGUAGCUCAGGCAGCAGCACAGUCUAACCUUAAGAGAGUCACCCUGGAACUCGGGGGGAAGAGUCCCAACAUUGUCAUGGCUGAUGCUGAUUUGGAUACAGCAGUAGAGAUGUCCCACUUUGCUCUGUACUUCAACCAGGGACAGUGUUGUUGUGCUGGUUCGCGUACCUUUGUGGAGGAGAAAAUCUACGAUGAGUUUGUAGCAAAGAGUGCAGAGAGAGCAAAGAAGAGAACUGUAGGGGAUCCCUUUAAUGCAUCUAAUGAGCAGGGACCACAGGUGGACAAGGAGCAGACAGAGAAGAUCAUGUCAUACAUUAAGAGUGGAAAAGAUCAGGGGGCAAAGCUUGUGGCAGGAGGAAACAGAAAGGGGGACAAGGGAUACUUCGUUGAGCCAACAGUCUUUGCUGAUGUACAAGAUGACAUGAAAAUUGCCCAGGAGGAGAUUUUUGGUCCAGUGCAGUCAAUCAUGAAGUUUAAAUCAAUGGAUGAACUCAUUGAGAGAUGCCACAAGACAAUCUAUGGACUGGCUGCUGCGGUUCACACCAGUGACCUUGAGAAGGCACUUUAUGUUGCCAAUACAGUGAGGGCUGGCACUGUCUGGGUAAACUGUUUUGAUGUGUUUGAUGCAUCUAUGCCAUUUGGAGGAUAUAAGAUGUCUGGUAAUGGCCGUGAACUUGGAGAGUAUGGACUGGAAGCUUACACAGAAGUCAAAUCUGUUGUAAUAAAAAUUCCACAGAAGAAUUCUUAAACACCAAAGGGUAGUUUGUUGAUUAAUUAUAGAAAAUGUGGACCUAUCAAAUGAAGUGAACUUGUACAUUUACCUUUUACUCAGCAGCUGAAAAUUCAGUUCUUUGUUAUAUAUUUUGGUGUCCAGUAUACACUGUUCAUUAUCCCUAAGCUUUAUAUUAUACUGGUGUAAUGCUUUGAUAUGUAGAAGUUUUAGUAUUGAGCAUUGUUGAUGCUUUGUAUUGUAUGUAUCAUUAUAACGAAAAAGAAAACUAUACUCUGUACUAAAUCUACCCAUUAAAAUCACUUUAUAUAUGUGUUACAGAAAGAAAUGUUUGCCAUUUUUGAGUAAAAGACUUUGAAUCAUAGAAUUUUUUUUUACAUUUGUUUUUAAUUAUAAGAAUCUGACAAGAGAUUCGAAGUACUUUUGCUAUACAUUUUUGGCCUUUUUUUUUUUUAAAAAAAAUAUCUUUUUGACUGUGUAUGCACCAUCUUACUCAAAGUGUAUGGCAGUAAUAUUUCUGUUUGUUUAUAGUCUUUUUUUAGAAAUAUGUAUACAUAAGUUAUGAUCAGAAUAUUUUAAAAUGACAUUGAUUGUUUCAAGACAAUAUUAUAGAGCUUUAAUUAUACUUUCAAGGUUGAAACAUUCAUGCUUACAUCAUGUACAUGGUAAAAAAGUUUUUGUUACAUGAAAAAUAUUCAAAUAAACUAAUUUUUCUAGAA